AUGGUCCUAGCCUCUCGGGGUCCUAUCACCAUCCCCAUGGGCCAGCAUAUUGCUCAGGAUCUCCUUCUGCCAAUGGUUGGACAAUUUCCCCAUAAGAGUCCAACUCGUGGCCUUUCAGAACCAGGAUCAUCAGACAUAUUCUGGGUCCAACAAUUAACAGAGAGCCGAACUACAAUUAAACUUUCUCUGGAGGGAAAACAAUUUCUGGGCCUUUUGGACAUGGGCGCUGAUGCCACUGUCAUAGCCAAAAAAUAUUGGCCUGAUUUAUGGCCACUGGAGCCCACUGUCACACAUUUAAAUGGGAUAGGCCAAAUCCAAAAUACAUUACAAAGCUCUAGAUUCCUAAAAUGGGAGGACCCAGGGGGAAAUACUGGAACAGUAAGGCCCUUUGUGGUUGAAGGGUUGCCAAUAAACCUGUGGGGAAGAGAUAUAAUGACACAGAUGGGGAUCAUCAUGAUGAGUCCCAAUGAUAAAGUUACCCAAAUGAUGCUAAAGACAGGCUUUCUGCCUGGCAAAGGGUUAGGAAAGCUUGAACAGGGGCAAACUCAGCCCAUCAUGCCCAUCCCCUAG